AUGACCGUGGAGGAAAACGAGCAGUAUGUUAAAGGCCAAGUGAACGACUUCUUUGAAGCGGAAUCCAAGAAUAAUUACUGUGGAUACUACAUUUGCGAGUUCAUCCGCCACACAACCUAUGGGCGGGGCUACUCUGACAAACAUUAUGAAAUGGAAAAAGUGAAGGGUCCGAAAGCAAUUUGGGAUGCUGCGGCUCAUUCCAUUUAUAUGGAUGUAAGUGAUUAUGCCAUAUGGAAGACAUUGCUUCAAAAAGCUUCAGGCAUCGGAAUAGAUCCUUAUACAAAGACCAUUGCUGCUACGGAUGAGUGGUGGGCAUUGGAGUUGAAGGCAUGUCUGCAGGCUACCAAGUAUCGGCAUGCUCCACUUGCGGAGGAGGACAAAAUGGAGGAGGUGUUUGAUGCUUGUUGUGUCACAAACGAGCAUGCGAGAGUGCCAAUUCCCACAUAUCAAGGUUCUACAUCUCGAAUCAAUUUGGAUGAUGAGUCUGGUUGUGAAGGUGACAAAACUGAAGUUACACCUCAUGCGAAUCGUGCAAAGGGUGGGAAGAAGAGGGCAUCUCCUUAUUCCGCAAGUCCUAAGGCGAAUGAAAAGUGGGCAAGUGAGCAGGCAAAGAAUGAGGCAUUUGUUCGUAUGGUGGACCUCUUUGAUUCAAGGAACAAGAGAGAUGAGACUCAAGUUUCAGCAAGAGAAGAGAUUCAUGAAAUGAUGGCCAUGGUAGAAGAAGAUGGUGGUGCACCUGGGAGUGAUGUCCAUUUCUAUGCUUCACAACUAUUCAAGGAUCAGACAAAUCGUGAUGUUUUCUCUGCCUUUAAGACUCACGAGCCUAGUGCGAGGCUGAUAUGGAUAAACAAAGCAUGGGAGUUCAACAAUAAGUAG